AUGACUGCAAUGCCAGAAAAUAAGCGAUCCCAGGAAUGUUCUGCGAUGUCAUAUCCAUUCCUCAUUGAUCUGAAAGAAAAGGCAAAUCUGUUAGAACACAGUCACAAGAGACAGCAAGAGAUUGCCACGGAACCGGAAAGAGAAAUGAUGGAAAUGGCAUUCAUGGAAAGGCUAUGGUUGGAACAAAUGUUCAUGUUCAAUCCUUACAUAAAUCUGCCCCCACCCCCUCCCAUGCCUAAUCCACGCCUUGAGCUCGUCGUAAAGCGGGAUGACUUCUUCGGGACGAGUGUCCGGGAGCGACUCUUAGAGAUGUUGAGGCUUCCCAAGUCUAACCUUCAGAAACCUCUCAUGGUCAUCUUUGAAGGGGAAAUGGGUAUUGACGAGGGAGCACUGAGUGUGGAAUGCCCUACCAACGAUACAGCGAUGAUGUGUGGUCUACUGUUUGGGCUGUCAUUGUUCAACAACGCACUUGUACCACUGCCAGCUUUCCCCCAACUGCUCUAUGCGAAGCUACUUGGAAAAGGGUAG